AUGAGCAAGCGUCCUCAUCAAGGGUCCCCACCACGCCCUGCAUCCCAGUCCCCCGAUCUGGUGGAUCACACCCCUCAGGGCCUCUCGCCCGGGGAUUCAGAGCAGCAGCAUCAUGCAUCCGGGCCCAGCAAAAAGCCCCGAAACUUUAUAGCCACAGUGGCAUGUGAGAAUUGCAGGCUUAAAAAGACGCGAUGUGAUGAAUCGCGACCGAAGUGCGGCUUGUGUAAGUCGCUGAAUCUCGAGUGUGUCUACAAUGAGCGCAAGACCUCCAAACGAGAUCAUUCUCUCAGCUUGAUAAUGAGCACGUUGCAUCGACUGGAAACCAAGUUGGAGAAUGUUCCCACGACCCUUUCUAAGGAAAUCCAAUCCCUUCGGGGUCAGAUGCCCCGUAGUUUGGAUGGCACGGAGACGAUAGGCUCGCUCGCGCAUCAUUCUCGCAGCACGAGCAGCUUGGGUAGGUUGGAACGCUUGACCUCUCAGGCUCUUACGCCAGAGGCAAUGAGACUGAACGAAGUGGAGCAUGACGACCAACACCUGCAUCCCAAUCCGACGGAGGCAAACGGAUUAGUCUCGAUUUCAUUCAGCCAGCAUGGAGUGAUCUCCUGGGCAGGUGCUCAGGAGAUUCUUCCACAACGGUUACUUGAAGCACACGAGAAACUGGGCAAAAACUAUGUGAUUGACAUUGAAAUGAAGCGCCCUCAAUUGCCCAUGUACAUCUGCCCUUUCCCGGCGCAGGCCGGGGACAACUGGCUGAACGCACUUCCGUUGGCCAUGGUCAAGGGCCUUUCGGAUGCAUACUUCACUACUUUUAAUCUGUUUACCCCUAUAAUCGACAAGAACUAUUACUAUGCUUUCACCCUGGGCGCGGCUAUUGAGAGCAACUUUGGCUACAACAUCGAGAGUUGUGUGGUUCUCAACAUCAUGGCGCUGGGCUGCAUCGCUGUCCACGCCUACCAGGAAGGGGAUUUCCCAUUACUAGGGACACGCAGUGGUCGUUUCGAGCCUCCUGACUGGAUGGGGGUGGUCUACGAGAACCCCCCGGGAUUGCGCUUCUUCAACACUGCUCGCCAGCGCAUUGGAUUUCUGAUGUGUGACAACAAUCUCCAAAGCUGCCAAUUUUACCUCUUGUCAUUCAUCUACUACAGUCAAAUUCUUCGCCCCAUGGAUUCGUGGGCUAUGAUCCAUCGAGCGGCCACUUGCUGUCUGUCCAUGCUCACCAAUCACGAUGUACACUUCGAUGAAUGGGAAGGCGAUAUGAAAUCUCGAGUAUAUUGGAACUGCCUAAUGAACGAAACCAUCCUCGUCCAAGAAUUACACGUCCCGCCCAGCGGUCUCUCCCGACUCGAAGAAUACGUCCCGAUUCCCAAGUUCAUCACCUUCGAAAGCGUGGGCUUUCCAGCUUCUCGCUCACUCUCAUUAGAAGAGAUAGACGAUUCGUUUUUCCAAUACCAUUUCCUCGCGCAGGUCGCCCAUCGAAUCAUUCUAACCCGCAUCCGACACUCGCUCUACUUCCAUUCCGACUCCGGCACAUUCCCCCACCCAGCAGUCAACGCCGAACUCCGUCACCAACUAGAACAAUGGCGCAUCAACCUCCCCGCCGCCCUCCAGUUUCCCGACCACACCACCUCUGCCCUGGCCACGAAUCCAAGCACCCCGAUUCCACCAUCUCCAGCCUCCCAGCAACACCUUCCCUUCACCCCGUCCCACCGCCACGCCCUAUCCCCGGCGAUCGCCGUGUCCGAAGCCAUGCUUCGUGGCCGGUAUAUGAUCGCCAAUUUCCACAUCGGCCGUCCUUACCUCUACAAGGCGCUCCACACGCCCGGCGCCCUAACAGACAAAGAUCUCGAGCAGAUUCACAGUGGUUUGCUCAAUGCAAUGAAUUGGCCUGUCGUGGGCGGCAUCUUCCAGCGCAUGAAGAGCUGUAUCCCGAUUAAAUUCGCAUUUUGUUCUCAAUUCUUCGGUCAAAUCCUCCUCUUCUACUGUAUAUCUCACUCCUCGGACAGACGGUUACAGGAGACUUUGCCGGCGGGAUGGGAGCAAUGGAACCAGGAGAUGAUGCAGUUUUUGGAGGACUGUGCGCAGAACAGUCCAGCCGUGGCGAAGGACUUGGAGUUGUUGCGGUUACUGUAA